CCUGUCAGAAGUCAGCAAGAUGGCAGCCUCCGUGCUGGAACACGGGGAAGACGCUUUUAGGAAGUUUUUCCGUCUGUAUAAGAGAAGGAACCCUCCACCUGACCUGUCCAGUGUGAUAGAGUUCACUAAAGGUCAUCCUAAAGUGCAAGGAACAGAGCUUAACGUUAAUGCGCUCAGUGACCAGGAUGCGCAUAGAGCUGGACUACAGCCCCUGCAUCAGUGGAAGGCAUACGGACUGGAGGGAUAUCCAGGCUUUCUCUUUAUCUCAAACCCCUUCCUACCUGGAUGGCAGCACCGCUGGGUGAGACAGUGUCUGAAGAUUUAUCCCCAGAAACCCAAUGUCUGCAACCUGGAUCUGCACAUGAGCCCUGAGCAAACAGCAGACCUGUGGGGGAGCAGCAAGGACCAGCUCCGGAAUAAAUCUUCAGACAGAAGGGCUCCGAAGAGUCUCCUGGAGAAGCUGCGCUGGGUGACACUUGGCUAUCACUACAAUUGGGACACAAAGAAAUAUUCCCCAGAGCAUCACUCCAAGUUCCCCCCAGAUCUAGAAGAACUUUCUCGCUGUGUGUCCUUAGCUUGCGGUUUUAACAGCUUUAGACCAGAGGCUGGGAUCCUAAACUACUAUCAUCUGGACUCUUCUCUUGGGAUCCACGUUGAUGAAUCAGAACUGGACCACAGCAGCCCCCUCCUGUCAUUCAGCUUUGGACAAUCCUGUAUAUUCUUGCUCGGAGGGCUGAGCCGGGAUGUGGCGCCCACGCCCAUGAUAAUGCACAGUGGAGACAUUAUGGUGAUGUCAGGAUCUAGUCGCUUGCUCUACCAUGCUGUGCCACAGAUCUUACCUUUCCCAGGAGCAGAAGGAAACCUGUUACCUCCUUGCCUCUCAAUACCACCCUCUAGUGACCCUGCAUUGUCCCCUCUACCUGAGCCAUGCUCCUCUGUGGACUGGGAGGUAUGUGCUCAGUACCUGAAGGUCUCUCGCAUCAAUAUGACUGUGCGACAGGUUCUGGAGGACGGUGGUAGCUUCCCAGAGACCAUGGUGAGAGAAUGCAAAGCAGAUCUGCCCACCAAAGCAGACUCCUAUCACCAGCAUGAUGAAGAGACAUCUGAGGAGGGAGGCGAGGGGGAGAUCCAACUACUAAAACGUCAGAAAGUCAUUAAGGAGAGCUGAGAGUGGGGAAAAUGUGCUCAAAUGAUGCAUUAGUUUAUAAUAAAUAUUACAUUUUUAUAUUCUGA